GAUUUCGUCCAUGCCUGACACAAUAGGGAGCUGCAUAGCUCUGCAAGAGGUAAACCUGGCUGUGAAUCUUCUGUCAGCAAUACCAGCCUCAUUUGGCAAGCUUGUUAAGCUAAAGGUGCUGCUGCUGGACAACAAUUCGCUCACAUCGGUACCAUCAGAGGUGCUUCAGGGAUGUGCUGAGUUGUGCACGCUGCUACUUCAUGGGAACCCUCUAACAGUUGAAGAACUGCGUCAGGUGGAGGGUUGGCAGGCGUUUGACGAAAGGCGGAAGGCAAAGUACGGAAAGCAACUCCAGUUUGGAGUGAUGGGUUCAACAAGUGGUUUUGACGAAGGAGCUGAUGCUGAACGAUGGAGUCGAUUCUAAGGUCAGCUGGGUUCGCCAGAGAGAAGGUAAAAAGCAAUUGGAGA